UGAUCGGUGGGUCUACGCCAUUGUAGAACGACAGCUAAACGCAAGCAAGGUGUGCGGGAAUACACGCAGGAAAAAAAAUAUGAAUCUAUUUGGGUUUCGUGUUGAAUUUGUUUUCUUGUAGUUGUUGGUUGGGAUUACUAUCUUUCUUCGCUGUAACUCUAUCUAUUGCCUUUUGUCUUUUAGCUAUGAAAGCUGUGUUUUUUCUAAGUUUUUUCAGAGGGUGUUCAGUGGAUUUUGUGAAUCUCUCUGUUAUUGCUAUAUAUUUUAAACGGUUUAUUUUGUUGGGCGUUGGGGGUUCUUGAUUGCAGGGAUUCAUUGAAACUAUGAAUGGAGAUUGGGGGUCUCGUUGAUUUUUAUUUUCGGUGAGUGUGCUGAAGAUUGUGCCCUUUUCCCAGAAGGAUUAUGCGGUUAGUCGUCGGUGGGCGUUGAAAUUCUCGUCGGUGGAAUUCUGUGUGGAGUGCGGUGAAGAUUCGUGUUGAUUUUGGGGAUCUUUGGAAUCUCUAGGUCUUCUGUUAAGGAAUCGGAGGUGAAAUCAACGUUUAAUUCGUUACAUCGAUGCUGGGUUGAAUUUAAUUGGGGGUUCCUCCGAAGGGUUUUCUAUUUGCUUUUGGGAUAUCGGCGGAGAAGGGAAGAAGUUGGGUUUAAGGUAAUUGUGGUUGAGACUUCAAUUGAUUCUAUUUAGGGUUCAGUCCAGAGAUGAGUUCCAGUGCUUCAGGUGUGAUUCAAAUGGGGAAGCUCAUGGUUCAUAUUGCCGAGAGUGGGCAUUCAUAUGAGCUGGAUUGCGAUGAAUACACGCUUGUUGAGGCUUUGCAGAAAUUUUUAGAAUCCGAAUGUGGGAUUCCGUUGAAUGAUCAGCUUCUAUUGUGCUUGGACAUGAAACUGGAAUCUCAGCGACCUCUCUCAGCAUACAAGCUACCAUCCGAUGACCGGGAUGUAUUUCUGUUCAAUAGAUCGAGGAUGCGGAGUAAUUCGCCAGCUCCUGCGCCGGAGCGGAUUGAGAGUAUUAACAUACCUGAUCCGCCAGUGCCAUCUUCUUCUCAUAAUCCUCAUCCUUUGGAUGAGGCUUCGGAUCCUGCUUUGAAGGCAUUGCCUUCAUAUGAAAGACAGUUUCGGUAUCAUUUUCAGUGUGGACAUGCUAUCUACAGCCGUACCUUAGCGAAAAGGGAGAUAUGCGAGAGAUUGUUGCAGGAGCAGAAGGUGCAAGAAAGGGCGUUGGAGAUUGCCAGGGGUAAUUUGGAUCAUUUCUAUAAGAUUGUUAGCCAGAACUAUGCGGAUUUUAUAAAACGCUACUCUCAUCAGCAUCGGUGUCAUAACAGCCUUCUGGUGAACUUUGGGAGGGAUAUGGAGAAGCUGAGAUCUGUAAGGCUUCCUCCAAUGUUGCAAUCUAAUAAUCGGAAAUGCUUACUGGAUUUCGUCAAGGAAGAAAAUCUGCGGAAGACAGUGGAGGCCUGCGGCAGUUCCCACAGGCAAUUGGAGAACAAAGUUUCAGCAUUCAAGCAGGAGUUUGGAGAUCUGAAGCGCAACACGGAGAACUUGUUUUCUUGUAAUGGAAAGGCUUCAUCUCUCAUCAAAGAUGUGGAAUCGUCAUUAAAGGACAAUCAGCGGUUUAUCAGUGAGCAGAAGAGCAUAAUGCAGGCUUUAAGUAAAGAUGUAAAUACUGUGAAGAAGCUUGUGGAUGACUGUCUUUCUGGCGAGUUGUCCUCAUCACUGCGCCCUCAUGAUGCUGUUUCAGCAUUGGGUCCUAUGUAUGAUAGCCACGAUAAAAGUAACCUUCCGAAAAUGCUGGAAUGUGAACGAGAAAUUGAGCGUUUGCUUGCUUUUUGCAUUGAUAAAAAGAAUGAGAUGAAUGUCUUUGUGCACCAUUAUAUGGAAAGGAUCGCAUUCAUUCAGUACACGAUUAAAGGUGUGCGCUACAAAUUCCCCCUAUUCCACGAGGCUUUGAAGUUUCAGGAUGAUCAAUUUGAGCACUUAAAUGUGGUACAUGGGAUUGGUCCUGCUUAUAGGGCUUGCUUUGCGGAAGUAGCGAGAAGGAAAGCAGCAAUGAAGAUCUACAUGGGUAAGGCUGGACAGUUGGCUGAAAAACUUGCAAAAGAGAGGGAUGCUGAACUUAGAAGGCGUGAUGAAUUUUUAAAACAACAAAGCUCUUAUAUUCCUAGAGAUAUAUUAGCAGCCAUGGGAUUGUAUGAUACUCCUGGUUCAUGUGAUGUCAAUAUUGCACCUUUUGACACUAAUUUGAUUGACAUUGAUCUUCAAGAUAUUGAUCGGUAUGCUCCUGAGUCACUAUUAGCCAGUCCAAGGACUUCUAGGGCUUCAUCAUCCAUUUCUAAUGAUGGUUCUCAGAUAGGUGAAGUUGAAGGAAGUGGAGUAGACUCCCAUGUAAAGUCUGAUUGGCAGGAUCUACCUGAUGGGUCAGAGUUGGUGGAGAUUGCAGGGACCAGCAAGAUGGAAGUUGAGAAUGCAAAACUGAAAGCUGAUUUGGCUUCCAAAAUUGCAUUAUUGUGUUUCAUGAGUGCAGAGCUUGAUUAUGACUCUCUUGAUGAUAGUAAAAUAGAGAGUAUAUUGAAAGAAGCCGAAGAGAAGCAUUCUGAAGCUUUGCACAUGAAAGAUGUGUAUGAAAAACACCUACACGAAGCACUGAAGAUGAAGCAGAUGCAAUGUGAGUCUUAUGAGAAACGGAUUCAGGAACUAGAGCAAAGGUUGUCUGAUCAAUAUUUGAGAGGACGUAAGCUUUCAGUUGAGGAGGAUGCAUCUAAUUCUGCAGUUUCCACUGCUAAGACUGAUGAUAACAAGUCAGAAGCAUCAAUGGAAGAGAUCACUUGCCCAUCUGGUUUGUCGAAGUCUGCAAUUCACCCUGAUCAUGGCAAGGUGCAUGAGGGAUUGGAUGACAAUAUGGCAGAUUCCUCUGCAACGGUCAACCCUUCUUUGGAUUCAUCGAUGCAAGAUCUACACUUUGAUAAAGGCCAUCGUAUCGACAGUGACAAGAAGGAAUCAUCAUUGCCUGAUGAAGGCAUGGCACUCAUGGCAAGUAAUAUGGCUGUUAGUUUAUCACAACCAGCAGGUGUUCUGUUGCAUGAACCUGCCCCUGAGCCAGAUUUGGAUGCUACAGUAAAAGAUAGCUUGGUGAUGGAAUUGCGAAAUGCCCUAGAACAGAAAUCAAGUCAAUUAGACAGUGCAGAAUCAAAGAUCCAAGAGUUGAUUGGUGAGGUUUCCAAUCUUGAAAGAGAGUUGGAGGUCAGUCAGAAGCUACUUGAUGAAUCUCAGAUGAAUUGUGCUCAUUUAGAGAAUUGUCUGCAUGAGGCUAGAAAGGAAGCACAAACCCAUCUUUGUGCAGCUGAUCGUAGGGCAUCAGAGUACAGUACAUUGCGUGUCUCUGCUGUCAAAAUGCGUGGCCUUUUUGAAAGACUGAGAAACUGUGUUAUAUCUGCUGGGCCGACUAAUCUUUCAGAUUCUUUGCGUGCUUUAGCACAGUCCCUCGGCAGUUCCUCAAAUGAAAGUGAGGAUGAAACUACUGCUGAGUUUCGUGAGUUCCUUCGCGCCCUUGCUGAAAAAGUUAGUAGCCUGUCAAGGCAGUGCCUUGAAUUGCUCGACAGAUACUCUAAAACCGAAGCUGAAAACGAGCAGCUCUCCAAGGAGUUGGAAGAAAAGAAAGAGAUUGCCAACACACUCUACAUAAAGCAUCAGCUUGAAAAGCAGGCGAACAAGGAAAAGAUAUCGUUUGGCCGGCUGGAAGUUCACGAGAUAGCUGCAUUUGUGCUCAAAUCUGCUGGCUAUUACAAGGCUAUAAACCGCAGCUGCCCUCACUAUUACCUUUCUACUGAAUCGGUGGCCUUAUUCACUGACCAUCUUGCAAGCCGUCCAGACUACAUCAUAGGGCAGGUUGUACAUAUCGAACGGAGGAUGGUGAAGUCGCCUCCAUCGACACCGGAUCCAGGUGAGAGCAUCAGGGAUCAGGUUGAUGUGCUGGCAUCAUCUGAAGGUGGACCGAGCCGGUUGGGCUCUUCAUCGAAUCCUUAUGGCCUUCCUGUCGGAUGUGAAUACUUCAUAGUGACUGUUGCCAUGUUACCGGAUACAAGGACCUCCACUUCCUCCAUUCAUUCGACUUCAACAUCAACAACUUCAUCGACAUCGCCUUCCUGAUCUUUGUUGCAAUGUGUGGCAGAUAGAGAUGUGAUGGAAGAAAAACACCAAGUGUAUAUAUCUAUAUCUACUAUAUAUAUAUAUAUAUGUUACUUGUAAUGGCACUGAAGAUGGGAACAAUCUACUCCUCCAUUGAUGAUAGUUUCUUGUAUAGCUCUUAGCCUUGCCGGGGGCAAAGGAUUAUUAAUUCAAUCAAAUCUCUUCUGUACAUACAUAAAAUGCUUGCUUUCUCAUUGUCUUGCUGCCUUUUUAUGUCUUUUAUGGAUGAAUGUUUUUAGGCUCA